AUGAACGCCUUCAUCUCGGCGAGCGAUAUCAAGACUUUCUACAGUGCACUCCACUGCUUGAGCAGAUUCUCCGAGACGUUCUGGCUGCAAUGCAGUCCACGCACCAAAGGGCAGGCGCAGAUCCGACUAUCAGCGAUCAACCCGACCAACUCGGCGUUCUGCAUGUUCGCGUUUGAUCCAGACUUUUUCCUCAGCGUCAGCACCGAGUCGAAUCAGAAGAUCGAGUGUCAGAUUCAGCUCAAGACGAUCCUCUCAAUCCUCCGCACCCGGGGCCGAAGCGUCGAACGCCUAUCCCUCACACUCACCACCACCUCUCCUUGCCGAUUCACCCUCACGUUGCACUGUCACCAUUCUAUCCUCAAGACACACCACCUGACCUACGAGCCCAAGCGCGGCCUCCUGCCCACAGCCGACCCAAACCCGCCACACUUCUUCUGCAUCAACGCCUCGACCGCCUCCGAGUGGCUCGAUCAUUUCCUCUCCACCUCCCGGACUGGCGAGAUUACGCUCCUCUGCACUCCUUCCUCCUGCAUCGCGCGGUCAAAGGAGGAGGAGCUCCCCGAGGCGAGGGGAAGCAUAAGGAAGGCGAUCGCAACAGAGGUCAAGGUGGCGGUGGAGGAGUUCAAAGAAUACUGCGUACUGGACGAAGUGAAGCUGACAUUUAGUUUGAGGGAGUUCAAGGCGACUGUGGGGUUGGCUGAGAGUUUGGGGGUUGCACUGGAGGUGAAUUUCAGCGAGGGGGACGAGCCGCUGUUUGUGCGGUUGAGGGUGGAAAGUGCGGUUGCGGCGGAGUUUGUCAUCGCGACGACUAAGGGCGAUAAAGGGGGAGUGGAGAGCGGGGAAGGUCAGAGCUCGUCGGUGCAGCAGCAGCAACAGCAGCCACCUCAACCGGCGCCGACGAGGAUCGCCGCUUCAGCAACGUCUUCUGCCACACGGUCCACCCGUCCCUCAACCACCGAAUCCAACAGCAAUCGCCAACGCUCACCCCCCUCGUUGCCGUCACAUACCACAUCGAAUCCAGCAACACUCCCUCCCAACCAAUCCACACCCCUCCCUCCCCCGCACCUGCACCCGCACGAUGACAACGAUGAUGACGACGACGCGACCCAACCACUCUUCUUCCCCGGCGCAUCCCAGCUCUCGCUCCAGCCCACACCGCCUUCGCUCAACGCCACGCCGGAACUGGCAUUCGUCCAGCCGACCCCUGUAGCGCAUGGCGGAGAUCCAGGCGAGUUUCUGCUCCCUCAGCCGGAGGCGGCGUCCCAGCAGCAAUUGUCGCAGGCCGAGACGGGGGUGGAUCGUUCAGACGAGGACGAGGACGAGGAUGAGGAUCGCGACGGUCAGAGGCAGACGGCUGAGGGCGGGCCGAGGAAACGGUUCAAACCGCUCUUCUAG